AUGUCCGUAUCACAGCCGCAAAUCGUGGAUGGAAUCGAGUUGAAUCAGAUAUUCAAGGGCUUACGGUCGAACAGUGAGGAUGAGCGGAACCGAUACGCCAUUGAAUUAAGAAAUCACUUGGAUUCGGUGGCUCGAGAUUUGACGCUCGAGCAUUUCAACAGAUACAUAAAUGUUAUUAAUAAAACUAUCUUUGAGCUCUCCAAUGCUCCUGACAAUGCUUCCAAGUUUGGAGGUAUUGCUGCCAUUGAUGCCUUGAUUGAUUUCAACUCUGGAAUAGGUGAAGAAAAUGCCACCAAAACCGCCAGAUUUUCUCACUACCUUUACCCAUUAACAUUAUCCAACGAUUUGGCUGUUAUGAAGCAAGCCACCAAAACUUUAGGGAAGCUUGCAAUACCUGGGGGUCCCUUGACGGCGGACUUUGUCGAAUACGAAGCAAAAAAGGCCAUUGAAUGGUUACAGAAUGAAAACAAUCAGCAUGACCAAAGAAGGCAUACGGCUAUAUUGAUGUUGAACUCCUUGGCAGACAAUUCCCUGAAUUUAUUAUACAAUCUUGUGGGCCAGAUCUUGGAGCAACUAUGGACGGAAUUGAAGGACCCCAAAUUAGAUAUCCGUGUGGAUUCUGCUGCCACUUUACAAAGGUGUUUGGCCAUAAUAUAUGAUCGAGAUGUCAAUGCCAGAAGAUUUUGGGUAAAACAUUUCUUUGAUGUGGCCUCCAAGGUCUUGAACGAUACUCCUUCAACAAAUGGCGUCGACCAUAGCAAUGGUCUGAAUGGUGAUAGUAAUGGCUACGCCAUGAUACCCACUCCCAAUGGAACUCAAUCAUUUGCUGCUAUUCAUGGUGCGUUAUUGGUAUAUCGGGAGUUAUUGAAGUAUAAGAACGACCAGUUUAUUGCUUCUCGGUUCGAAAUGCUUUACGAAAACACAAUAAUCUACAAAUACCAUAAUAAAGCUGUGAUUAGACAGGAGCUUACAAAUAUUUUUCCUUUGGUUUGUCUGGUUAAUCCAGAGAUGUUUGUUGAAAAGUAUUUGCAUAAGAUCUUGUACUACUAUUUAUCACAAUUGAAGAAGCUCAGAAAGGAGUAUAAGGAACCUGCUUGUCUUGAGAAGAGUUGCAUAUUCCGUAGCAUUGGUUCCAUUGCAUUAGAAGUUGGAAAUCAAAUGGCCACUUACUUGGAUGCUAUUUUAGAUAAUAUCAGAGAAGGACUUUCAUACCCAACCAAUUCAACAUAUAGGGCCAGUAGGAAAGAAACUGAACCAGCAAUCUUCGAUUGUAUUGGGAAGUUAUCGAUAUCAGUUGGGCCAGCUUUGACAAAGCAUUUGCAGAGAGACAUUCUUGAUAUGAUUUUCAGCAAUUGUUCCCUUUCCAAGCAUAUGCAAGAUGUGUUGCAAACCUUGAGCACCAAUAUUCCUGUACUUACCAAUGUGAUUAACACAAAACUUUUAAACUUAUUGAAUCUAGUGCUUUCAGGUGUUACGUUUCAGCCCCCAGGGUCUCCUUAUGGUACCACCAAAAUGAACGAGUCUUUGGCCAAGGAUUAUAGAUUGAUUAUGAUCUCAAGGGAUACAGGAAUGAGCAUCAACAGUAUUUUGAAUAACCAAGAAGUUUACGAACAGUACGAGUGUAACAUUUUAGUCCAAGCACUUCAAAUGCUUGUGUACUUCAAAUUCGAAGGAUACCAGUUGAAUGAGUUUGUCAGGUAUUGUACCAUUACUUAUCUCCAAAAUCCUAUCCCCAGGGUUAGACAAACAGCUGUUGUGGCUUCUUGUGAAAUAUUUAUUAAUGACCCCAUUUGCGAACAAGUGAGUGUCAAUGCGUUAAAUGCUGUGAAUGAAGUUCUUGAUAAGGUUCUUACCAUUUCCAUAACUGAUCCAUAUCCAGAAAUUCGUUUGGAAGGGAUAACUUGCAUAAGUAAUGCUAGAUGCUUUGACCCGCAGUUAUCUCAACCAGAGAAUCUUAGGCUUUUAUUUAUUGCCUUGAAUGAUGAGGUAUUCAGUGUACGAAAGAUUGCCAUCACACUUUUGAGUCGACUUUCUUCCAUAAAUCCAGCAUAUAUUGUCCCUUCAUUGAGGAAGACUUUGAUUCAAUUAUUAUCUCGACUUGAGUAUUCCACAGCUAGUAGAAAGAAAGAGGAGAGUGCUACUUUGUUGUCAUUAUUGAUUGCCAAUUCGAAAGACUUAACGAAACCUUAUGUGAAACCCAUUGUCGAAGGGCUUUUGCCAAAAGCGAAAGAUCCCAAGUCUUCGGUGGCUGCAAGCGCUAUAAAGUGCUUAGGCGAACUAGCUGUAGUAGGUGGAGAAGACAUGAAACCUUUUAUCCCCGAUUUGAUGCCCUUGAUCAUCGAUACCUUUCAAGAUCAGAGUUCCUCAUACAAGAGAGAUGCUGCUUUGAAAGCAUUAGGUCAACUUGCAAGUUCUUCAGGCUAUGUGAUUCAACCUCUUUUGGACUACCCUCAAUUGUUGGGAAUGUUGGUUAACAUUCUCAAAUCAGAAGCAUCUCCAACAGUAAGAAGAGAAACGGUUAGGUUAUUGGGAAUUCUUGGUGCUUUAGAUCCUUAUAAGCACCGUGAAGUGGAACAAAGUUCAAAGACUAUUUCUGCAGAACAGAACGCUCCACCAAUUGACGUGGCUUUGUUGAUGCAGGGAAUGUCUCCAUCCAACAGUGAAUAUUAUCCUACAGUUGCCAUUACCAAUUUAAUGAAAAUUUUGAAAGAUCCUUCCCUCAAGAUUCACCACAGCAAAGUUAUUCUAGCUAUUAGGUAUAUUUUCCAAACUUUAGGGUUGAGAUGUGUUUCUUUCCUUUCCCAGAUCAUCCCCGGUCUCAUAAAUGUCAUGCAUACUUGUGAGCCGGCAAUGACCAAAUUCUAUUUCCAACAGUUGGGUGCAUUGAUCCUCAUUGUUAAGCAGCACAUCAGACCAUUUCUUAAAGAUAUUUUAGGUGUUGCCAAAGAAUUCUUCGAUUUGAACGAUGAGAAUAACGUUGCUGUGAUUAUCAUCAAUCUUAUUGAAUCUAUUUCGAGAGCAUUGGAUGGGGAAUUUAAGAUGUAUUUACCAGAAGUGUUGACUUUACUCUUGAACGUCUUCGACAAGGACAAGUCUCCAGAAAGAGAAACCACUUUGCAAGUCUUAAAAUGUUUUGUUAUAUUUGGUGGAAAUAUUGAGGAAUACGUCCACAUUAUUAUACCUAGUAUUGUUAAGAUGUUUGAGAGUGGCUCUGUGCCAUUGAGAAAGGCAGCUAUUGAGUCAAUAGGAAGACUUUCUAAGACUUUGCUUUUGAAUGAUAUGGCUUCGAGAAUUGUACAUCCACUUAUUAGGGUGAUGAAACAGGAUAAUGAGGAAUUGAAAACUGCCACCAUGAAUACUAUGUGUUACUUACUUGUUUCUCUAGGAACGGAGUUUACUGUAUUCAUUCCAUUAAUCAAAUCGGUCAUGUACGAGAAUAAGAUUACCUCACCAACUUUUGAUCAAUUAGUGAAUAAACUUGUCCAUGGAGAUCCAUUACCUGCUCAACUUAGCAUCUACAAAGAUUAUGAAAUCCACAUGAGCCACUUUGAUGUACCCAGUUCAGAUGUACUGCUCAAGAAACUAGCAUUCAACCAAGCUGCUUUGAAAUCAGUCUGGGACCCAAGUCAGCACAGAACAAGAGAGGACUGGCUGGAAUGGAUCGCAAAAUUGAGUAAGGAGUUACUAAGGCACAGUCCAUCGCACGCUAUGAGAGCAUGUGCUCCUUUGGCAACUGAUUACUAUCCGUUAGCCAAAGAUUUGUUCAAUGCCAGUUUUUCGAGCUGUUGGAAUGACCUUUAUUCUCAGAACCAAGAGGAGUUAGUCGAGUCUUUAUGCAUUGCCUUAUCGUCUCCCAACAACCCCCCUGAAAUUCAUCAAAUCUUAUUGAAUCUUGCUGAGUUUAUGGAACAUGAUGAUAAAUCCUUGCCGAUCGCCAUCACUACUUUGGGCCAAUAUGCUCAGAGGUGCCAUGCUUAUGCAAAGUCAUUACAUUACAAAGAGUUGGAAUUUUACGAAGAGCCAACCACUUCUACAAUUGAAGCUUUGAUUUCCAUUAACAAUCAAUUGCAACAGUCAGAUGCUGCUGUUGGUAUUCUUAAGCAUGCUCAAAUGCAUCAUGAUCUCCAAUUGAAAGAAACCUGGUUUGAAAAGUUGCAGAGGUGGGAUGAUGCUUUAAGAGCUUACAAUGAAAGAUCGAAAACUGAACCUGAUAACAUGGAAAUCACUAUGGGUAAAAUGAGAUGUCUUCAUGCUCUUGGAGAAUGGGAGCAGCUCUCAGACUUGGCCCAAAGUAAAUGGAGUGGAACUUCUAGUGAUACACAAAGGAAUAUUUCCCCAUUGGCAGCAGCAGCUGCUUGGGGUCUUGGCCAAUGGGACAGAAUGGAAGAAUACAUACAAGUUAUGAAGUCAGAAUCACCGGAUAGGGCUUUCUUCAAUGCAAUUUUGAGCUUACACAGAAACAACUUUGAAGAUGCUUCUAAUCUAAUUCUCAAAGCCAGAGAUUUAUUGGUAACAGAAAUAACAGCCUUGGUAAGUGAGAGUUACAACAGAGCCUAUGGUGUUGUAACACGAGUGCAAAUGUUAGCUGAGUUGGAGGAAAUCAUAAAAUACAAAUGCUUACCUCAGGGAUCUGAAAAGAGAGCUGUCAUGAGGAAAACAUGGAAUACAAGAUUGCUUGGAUGUCAACGGAAUGUUGAUAUUUGGCAAAGAAUGUUAAAAGUAAGAGCUUUGGUAAUAAAACCCAAACAGGAUAUGGAGAUGUGGAUCAAAUUUGCCAAUUUGUGCAGAAAGUCAGGAAGGCUUAACUUAGCUGAGAAAUCUUUAAACUCCUUGUUGGAAGAGGGAUCACCAGAAAACCCUCUGAGAGCCCCACCUCAAGUUGUAUAUGCUCAAUUGAAGUAUAUGUGGGCUAAAGGACAACAAAAGGAGGCCUUACGCCAUUUGGUAGAUUUUACUACGAGGAUGUCUCAGGAUUUGGGGUUGAAUCCAAAUGAUUUGAUAACUCAACCACUUCCUUCUGAAGGCCCUGGUAUUCCAAAACAUGUUGAAGAGUACACAAAACUUUUAGCCAGAUGUUUCUUAAAGCAAGGUGAAUGGCAGAUAGCUUUGAAUUCUCAGUGGAAGUCUGAACUGUCAGAGAUUAUUUUAGGUGCAUACUUGUUGGCUACGCAUUUCGAUGAUAAAUGGUAUAAGGCAUGGCAUAAUUGGGCGCUUGCUAACUUUGAGGUUAUUUCUUCGUUCACGGCCCAUAACAACAAUAUAGCUGAGAUUCAACCGUCUGCUGAACUAAGCAAUGAAGAUGAUCAAAACAAAGAGCAUCCUCAGAACCAACAAGAAAUCAGAGCUACCACGAUUCCUAUGGAAGCAGUUCAAAGACAUGUGGUUCCCUCUAUCAAAGGGUUUUUCCAUUCCAUUGCACUUUCAAGUUCCAAUUCCUUACAAGAUACUUUAAGAUUAUUAACAUUGUGGUUUAACUUUGGUGGUAUUCCGGAUGCAGCUCAAGCGAUCAACGAAGGAUUCAAUAUGGUAAAAAUUGAUACUUGGUUGGAAGUAAUUCCUCAGCUUAUUUCACGUAUUCAUCAACCCAAUCCUGUUGUUAGUCGUUCUUUAUUUGGUUUGUUAAGUGAUUUGGGAAAAGCUCAUCCACAAGCUUUGGUUUAUCCUUUAGCUGUGGCAGUCACGUCUGAGUCUAUCAACAGAAAGAAAGCAGCUAUGUCUAUAAUUGACAAGAUGAGGAUUCACUCUCCAUUACUUGUGGAACAAUCUGACCUUGUUAGUAAUGAGCUUAUCCGUAUUGCUGUAUUGUGGCACGAACAGUGGUAUGAAGCUUUGGAAGAUGCUUCCCGUUUGUUUUUUGGUGAUCAUAACACAGAAAAGAUGUUUGAAGUUUUGGAGCCGUUGCACUUGAUGUUACAGAAGGGACCAGAAACCAUGAGAGAGACGUCUUUUGUUAAUGCUUUCGGUAGAGAGUUGGCUGAUGCUUACGAGUGGAUAUUGAAUUACCGUAAAACAAAAGACAUCACUAAUUUGAACCAAGCUUGGGAUAUCUACUACAAUGUUUUCCGCCGUAUUGGUAAACUGCUCCCGCUGUUAACAAGUUUGGAAUUGCAAUAUGUUUCUCCAAAGUUGGAUGAAGCUCGUGAUUUGGAAUUAGCAGUUCCGGGAUUCUCUGAAGCUGGUAAACAUAUUACUAAAAUUGCAAAGUUUGAACCUACAAUUCCUGUUAUUUCAUCUAAACAAAGACCUAGAAAAAUUGAAAUUCGUGGAGAUGAUGGUAAACAUUAUUUCUUUGUCCUUAAAGGCCACGAAGAUAAUCGUCAAGAUAACUUGGUUAUGCAGCUCUUUGGAUUGGUAAAUACCUUACUUUCUAACGAUCCUGAAUGUUUCAAACGUCACUUGGACAUUCAACGGUUUGCUGCCAUUCCGCUUUCUCCAAAGGUAGGAUUACUUGGAUGGGUUCCUAACAGUGAUACUUUCCACGUAUUGAUUAGAGAAUACCGAGAAUCAAGAAAGAUUUUAUUGAAUAUUGAGCAUAGAAUCAUGAUUCAAAUGGCACCUGAUUAUGAGAUUCUUACUCUUCUUCAGAAGGUUGAAGUUUUCACUGGGGCAUUGGACAAUACUAGAGGUCAAGAUUUGUAUAAAGUUCUUUGGUUAAAGUCUAAAUCGUCUGAAGCUUGGUUAGACCGUCGUACCACCUACACAAGAUCUUUGGCCGUCAUGUCAAUGGUAGGGUACAUAUUAGGGUUGGGAGAUCGUCACCCUUCGAAUUUAAUGUUGGACAGAAUUACUGGUAAGGUUGUCCACAUUGAUUUCGGUGAUUGUUUCGAAGCCGCCAUUUUGAGAGAAAAGUAUCCUGAAAAAGUUCCAUUUAGACUCACAAGAAUGUUGAACUACGCUAUGGAAGUUAGUGGUAUUGAAGGUUCAUUUAGGAUUACUUGUGAACAUGUAAUGAGAGUGUUGAGAGACAAUAAGGAGUCAUUGAUGGCUAUUUUAGAAGCUUUUGCUUAUGAUCCAUUGAUAAAUUGGGGCUUCGACUUCCCUACCAAAGCUGUGGCUGAAGCAACUGGUAUUAAGGUGAACCAAGUCAACGUUGCAGAGUUAUUGAGAAGGGGUCAAAUUGAUGAUGAAGAAGCGGCGAGAUUAAACAAACAGAACGAGUUGGAAAUCAGGAAUGCCAGAGCUGCUCUCGUCUUGAAGAGAAUUACUGAUAAAUUGACUGGUAAUGACAUUAAAAGAUUGAAAGGAUUAGACGUUCCAACACAAGUUGAUAAACUUAUUCAACAAGCUACAAGUGUUGAGAAUUUAUGUCAGCAUUUUAUCGGGUGGUGUUCUUUCUGGUAACCUGCUCAGCUUGUUAAACUAUAUUCUAUUAUACACUAGUAUACUAAUAAAAGUAUUUUCGUUUCAACUUAAGCAAUUUUCUUUGAUGCGUUUGUGAAUCCGACACCUUUGAUUGAAAGAAUGAAUCCAUCGUCACUGUCAUCCUCCUUCAAAAAUGCCUCUGUGCCUAACACAGUCUUUAUAUCUCUGAGAAGCCAAAUCAAGUUCUCAUCGACUUGGUUUUUGUGAAUCUUCAUUCUUCCCACAUCUUCUUUCCCAAUGGCCAUGAAACAGGUAGCCAUCAUUAGUUGUCUUCUGCCAACUACAGAACUUUGGGAAAGCUCCUCUAAAAGCUUAUAGGAAACUUCUUUGGCCAAAUCUUCCGGAAGGCUUCCAGGCGUCCCAACUCCAUCGGUAAAUAUUCUCCAUCCCUGUUUCAGUUCAGCCACAAGAAUAAGACCAAAACCUGGAGACUUUCCACUAUUGUCUCCUCUCCAAACGUCUGCUGAAAUGUUCACUUGGACUCCUGUCGGACGAAGAACUUCACAUACUUGUUCGAUAAUUCUAUUCACCACUGAAGGAGAAACACGAGCACAGUGGGCAACACCACGAAUAGCAGAAAACUUUGGCUCUUCGAGGGCAUGGAUUGUUAAUGGUUGAGGUAUCAACGAAUUACAUCUUAAAUGUACUUCACCUCCUCCUACUGGAGGAGCACCUUUUUUCAAUAUGUGUAUAGAUACUUCACGAAUACCGAAUUUUUCCAUUAAGGGAAUCAUCCCCCAUUUCAAGCUAUCGAUUUCGAUGUCAUUGGAUCCCAAACUAGUUAAUCCUUUGAAAAUAAUGGAGAAUUUCUUCUUAGAAAAUGGUGCAAGCAUUAACAUUGGCUCUAGAAAGUAACUGAUGGGUUUUCCAUGGGGGCAGUUAUGAGUCAACUCCCCACCAGUUAUUAUGCCUGGCCGAAAUAUCACGGUUGUACCGGUGUAAGAAAUUUCAAUUUGUGACCCGUUUGUGGUGGCUUCAAGUAGUCUUAAGAAAGAUACUUCGUGAUCUUUCAAACCUGGAUUUAAUUCAGUUGAUCUAAUUUUAGCAAUCUUAAUGGGGGUACCGGCCAAGGUAGCUAACACAAGACGGAAUCGAAAGUUACGGAUACCUUCAAACGUAGCAAUUUUAGCUCCCUUAUUAGACAUAUUAGUGUUGGAGUAGAUUUUUCAAU